AUGGAUCACGGGUUCCACUGGCCAUGUGCACUGGUUCCCAUACAGACUGCAGCGGCCGUCUUCCAAGAAAGUUGGGUCUCUGCUCCUGGCCCGGCGCUACUGCCAUCCCAGCUCACCUGGCUAACUGCCUAUGCCAGCACCCAUUCAAAAUACUUCUUUAAGAAAUUAAAUCAAAAGCUGGCCCACAAGUACCAACCAGAGACAAAGCAAGAGAGGAAGCAGAUAUUGCUGGUCUGGGCCGAGAAAAGAGCUGCCAACAAAGGCAGUGUCCCUACCAAGAGGCCACCUGUCUUUCGAGCAGGGGUUAACACUGCCACCACCCUGGUGGAGAACAAGAAGGCCCAGCUGGCAGCAAUGGCACAUGAUAUGGGUCCCAAGCUGGCUGUCUUCCUGCCCACCCUGUGUCAGAAGGUGGGGGCUCCCUACUGCGUCACCACGGGGAAGGUCGGGCUGCACUGUCUGGUCCACAGGAAGACCUGCACCACCAGCGCCUUCACACAGGUUAACUCAGAAGACAAAGGAGCCCUGGCUAAGCUGGUGGAAGCUAUCCAGACCAAUUACAAGGACAGAUACCAUGGGAUCUGCUGCCACUGGGGUGGCAGUGCCCUGGGUCCAUAAUUGGGGGCUCGCAUCACUAAUCUGGAAAAGGACAA